UGUGGCUCGUUUUCGCCGUUGGUGUGGAUAGACACGCGUCUGAAAGUUAAAAAAACGCGAAAGCGUAUAAAAACCCUAAAUUUUAAGCACAAGCUCAAUUACAGCUUGUAAUUGUGUCGGUGGGCACAAGUAGGCCUAGUAAAUAUAACCGUUUAAUUCUUAUUAAUCGCAACGAACUACAUAAUUGUGAAAAGUACAACCUCACUCCACAUAAGAACGUAGUAGCUUGUGGAACGUAAGAAGUUGUCGGAAAAAAACUAAGGAAAAACGUAUAGACACGAAGUGCAACACAAAAGAAAAACAAUUACAUACAUUAAUUUUUUGGAAAUUGCAAGUGUGCGCAAAAUCAGAACAAUUGCAAAAUUUUCCUAAACGGAAAGCAAGAAAAAACAAGCAAGUGAUUGGAGGAUAAUAUGAGUAAUGCUAUUAACCAAAAUGGCACAGGUCUAGAGCAGCAAGUUGCUGGUCUGGACUUGAAUGGCGGCUCGGCUAACUAUAGCGGCCCCAUAACAAGCAAGACUUCCACUAAUUCGGUCACUGGUGGCGUGUAUGUGCCCCCGCAUCUUCGAGCUGGUGGUGGCAACAACAACGCGGACGUAGACAAUCAGGGCCAGGGCUUUGAUUCAGGUGCCGCACCCCCACGUGGUAACGACAACAGGGACCAGCAGCAGCAACGCGGCGGCGGAGAAUUUCGUCGAGGCGAUCGCGGCGGUAAUCGCGGCUACAAUCGCCAGAGCGGCGACUACGGAAGUUUUGGCAGCGGCGGCGGUGGUAGACGCGGUGGCGGCAAUCGCUACGAGGACAACUAUAACGGUGAAUACGAUAACCGCCGCGGCGGCGACUGGAAUCGUGGUGGUGGUCGCAAUUUCGGAGAUAGACGUGGGCCAUCUUAUCGUGGUGGUGGUGGCGGAGGGGGAGCCGGUGGUGCCGGUGGUAAUGGACUUAAUGAUCAGCAGGAGGAUGCACAGCAGCCACGCAAUGAUCGCUGGCAAGAGCCGGAACGCUCCAUUGGAUUCGAUAGCGGCGCCUCUGAGGGCGGACCAGGAGCAGGUGGGGGCAACAGAAGCUACAACAACCGCGGCGGCGGCGGCGGUGGCUACAACAAUCGCUGGAAGGAGGGCGGCGGAGGAGGCGGCAACGUCGACUACACAAAACUGGGAGCACGCGACGAGCGUUUGGAGCAAGAGCUCUUCGGGGUCGGCAAUACGGGUAUCAAUUUUGACAAAUACGAGGAUAUACCCGUGGAGGCGACGGGUCAAAAUGUGCCACCCCACAUCACAUCGUUCGAUGAUGUGCAGCUGACGGAGAUCAUUCGCAACAAUGUGAAUCUGGCGCGUUAUGACAAACCGACGCCUGUGCAAAAAUAUGCCAUACCGAUCAUAAUCAGUGGCCGAGAUCUAAUGGCCUGUGCCCAGACCGGUUCUGGCAAAACGGCCGCAUUCCUUGUGCCCAUUUUGAAUCAGAUGUAUGAGCAUGGACUGUCGGCGCCGCCGCAGAGCAAUCGCCAAUACAGUCGGCGCAAGCAGUAUCCGCUGGGCCUGGUGCUGGCACCAACCCGCGAGCUGGCCACUCAGAUCUUCGAGGAGGCCAAAAAGUUCGCCUAUCGCUCGCGCAUGCGUCCCGCUGUCCUAUAUGGUGGUAACAACACCAGCGAACAGAUGCGCGAAUUAGAUCGCGGAUGCCAUUUGAUUGUGGCAACGCCGGGUCGCUUGGAAGACAUGAUCACGCGCGGCAAGGUCGGUUUGGAAAAUAUACGUUUCCUUGUCUUGGACGAGGCCGAUCGUAUGUUGGACAUGGGCUUUGAGCCACAAAUUCGUCGCAUUGUCGAGCAGCUGAACAUGCCACCAACAGGUCAACGACAGACCUUGAUGUUCUCGGCGACAUUCCCAAAACAGAUCCAGGAGUUGGCCAGUGAUUUUCUCAACAAUUACAUAUUCUUGGCCGUGGGACGCGUUGGUUCCACGUCCGAGAACAUUACGCAGACUAUUUUGUGGGUCUAUGAUCAGGACAAGCGCUCCUAUUUGCUCGACUUGCUCUCCUCGAUACGAGAUGGACCCGAGUACUCCAAGGACAAUCUAACGCUUAUUUUUGUCGAGACAAAGAAGGGAGCCGACUCCCUCGAGGAGUUCCUCUAUCAGUGCAAUCAUCCGGUAACCAGCAUUCACGGUGAUCGCACGCAGAAGGAGCGCGAGGAGGCAUUGCGUUGCUUCCGAUCGGGAGAUUGUCCCAUUUUGGUUGCUACUGCGGUGGCAGCCCGUGGACUGGACAUUCCGCAUGUGACGCAUGUGAUUAACUUUGAUCUGCCCACCGAUGUGGAGGAAUAUGUGCAUCGCAUUGGUCGUACUGGUCGUAUGGGUAAUCUCGGUGUCGCCACAUCGUUCUUCAAUGAGAAAAAUCGCAACAUUUGUUCCGAUUUGCUAGAGCUGCUCAUCGAGACCAAGCAGGAGAUACCCGGCUUUCUCGAAGAGAUGCUUAGCUCGGACCGCGGACAUGGUGGUGCCAAGCGUCGUGGAGGUGGCGCUGGCGCACGCUAUGGCGGCGGCUUUGGCUCCCGCGAUUACCGUACAACUUCUGGCGGCGGCAGCGGCGGACGAAGUGGCGGCGGAGGUGGUGGAGGCGGCGGUGGUCGCAACAGCGGCGCCGGCGGUGGCGGCAAUUAUCGCAGCAAUGGCAAUUCGUAUGGUAAGUUUGGAGGAAGCUCUGGCGGUGGUGCUUAUGGUGGCGGAUCCUACGGUGGCUCCUAUGGUGGUGGUGGCGGCGGUGGAUCGCACUCAAACAACGGGCCCGAUUGGUGGGGUCAAUGAGCAAGGCCAGCCAGCCAACAAGGCAAGCAGCAACAGCAUCGUCAACACCAUUUCGACUAUCGUCACUAUUAACUAAUAACAACAACCACAAACAACAAAAUUAAACUACAAAAGCACAGAAGAAGGAACAGAAAUGAAAUAGAUUAACGAGAAAAAAAAAGGAAA